AUGAAUGUCACUGUUAAUCAUCCAGCGUUUAAUGUCUCGCAUGAAGAAUGUUCUCUCUCAGUUGCUCACGGUAUCACCCUGAUAUCAAUCAAUUCUAUCUUGUGUGUUUUGGGAACAUUUGGUAACAUACUGGUUUGCGUGGCAGUUUCCAUAAAUCUUCGUCUUCGCCGACCGUCAAACUUCCUUCUUUUCAGCUUAGCCAUCGCCGAUUUGAUCGUCACCAUGGUUUGUGAGCCUCUUGUUGUAGCCAUCCUCGCUAAGAUCACGUUCGUCAAGGACUGUGCAGCCAACUUGGAACUACUGUACAAGAUAACAUCCAGAGUGUCCUGCUCUGCUUCAGUGGUGCACCUGGCAGCGAUCAGUGUGGAUCGUCUGUUAGCUGUGAUGUAUCCUCUCGGUCAUGAGAUCAUGAUGCAGAAGUACGGGCUGAAGAUUAUGAUCAUCGCUUGUUGGACCUUCUCCUUAGCGGUUCCUGUUAUUAGCGCCGUUGUUCCAGAUUCCUUCCCAAAAGCUUUUCUUGGAGCAGGGACCUUCGCCGUGAGUUACAUCAUCAUUAUAGUGUCCUAUUCGCUGAUCAUGAUAUUUUUGAUCAGAUUAAAGAAGAAAAGACGCCAGAAUAAAGGUCAGACACCGUCCGUACACGUCACUUCUCGAGUUGAGGCGCGUGUGGCCUGCACGCUGGCGAUAGUAAUCGCUGUUUUCACUGUUUGCUGGUUUCCACUGGUUAUCACCUUGUUCGUGGCAGGUAAGCCGCUUGUCCAGCCUCAGGGAGUGGCUCACAUGUGGAUCAGGACUCUUGCUCUGUCAAAUUCUGCCAUGAACUUUACAAUCUACACUUUCAGAAUCCGAGACUUCUACGAGGCGUAUGGCUCGAUCUGUCGGAGAAUCUGCAGUUUUUUUCUCUGCAGGACUCAAGCAUCGCUAAAUUUGCCUCAGUGAUUGUUUUUAUUAGUGAGCUGUUGGUCAAAUUCAGUCAACAUAAUAUCAAAUUGAGAUGCACGGUGCUAUUUCGCUAAAGCAUACUAUAACAGCUUGAAAUAUUUGCCAAGGACUCUCUUAGUUUUCAGGAAAUGACGUCGCAAUCAAAAAGGCGGAAAGUGGGCACCUCAACACCUAGUGCCUAAUUGUGGAGAUAACCAAAAUUGGCUAUUUCCUCAAUUCAAUAUAUGAACUGAAGGAUCUCAAAGGCUUACAAGGGUUACUCGAGAAAUAGAUGAAUGAAUUGAUUAAUCACUUGAUUCACUGGUGCUAAACAAAUUGUAAGACCUAGAUCCUAUCAUCUGUUGUCAUUAUGGGUAAAGAUGAAGCCAUGGCUUUGAUUAAACUAUUCUGAAUUAAGCUAUUCUAGGUCAAAUUGAUUCUGUCGCUUUCAUUGAGACAGUUGAUUGGCAUGGAUCUAUGUGCUAGACCAAGAUAAAUGUUGAGUAAUAAGAGAAAAUGAUUAACUUGUGAGGGUAAAGGAACACAACAGAUGAUAAAGAAAAUAUUUUAGAUGAACAUAUGGAUCGCUUGCAUCUACUUUUACUUGUAUUACAUUUCCUUUUAAAGCGCUAUAUCAAAAUAUGAAAAACAUGAGAGAUGGAGGAGGCUGAUUAUAUAACUAGUAAUUUAUCAGGAGAGGCUCUCCGCUGUCAUGGUCGAGAAGUAAAAGAGAGGCUCUCCGCUGACAGGAUCAAGAUGUGAAAGGGCUCUCCGUUGGUUGACGGAGAUAUCAGACCUGGGAUGA